AUGGAGUUUGCAGGGCGAGAAGAGAUUAGAUUUCUGAUAGAUGAUCACCAUCAUCUUCAUCAACAGGAUUCCGUUUGCUCUCCUGCUGCCGCCGCUGCCGUUACCGUGUGCCUCUGCAGGAUUUGCCACGAGGAAGAGGAAGAACGGUCGACUGCCAUGGAAUCCCCCUGCGCUUGCUCCGGCACGCUCAAGUUUGCUCACAGGGAAUGCAUACAGAGAUGGUGCGACGAGAAGGGAAGCGUUGUCUGCGAGAUUUGCCUCCAGAAUUUUGAACCUGGAUACACCGUCAAUCAGAAGAAGGCCUUGGUGGAUGUGGAAGUGACGAUCAGAGGAAGCUUGGAAGUUCCCAGGAUCAAUUAUGACCCUCGGAACCCGGAGUUUGUUUCCGUCAAUGACGAUGGAGAUUCCGACUACGCUGAGUGCUCGCCGGCGUCCAGCUUUCGGGCGUCGUACUUCCGAUCGGUCGCCCUCAUUUUCAUUGUCAUCUUGUUGGUUAGAAACCUCGUUGGUGUGAUGACCGCUGGGGAGGAUCAUUAUGCAUUCACCAUUCUCACUCUGUUCCUACUGAGAGCCAGUGGAAUCCUUCUGCCACUCUACUUGGUAAUGCGGUUCAUUGCAGUAUUACAGGAAGCGGAACAAGAAGAUAACCUACAGCAGCAGCAGCUUCAGAUCGAAGAAAUUUUCUCCACGCAGAGAGAAAAUUUGGAAGAGCACUACGACGAGCACAGAAUUCAAAUAAGUUUAUGACUACACAUUUGUAUCAUUCUUAAUUUCCCAAUCCUUCUUCAGUCUCUGGCAUCUUGUUCCUAUUAACACAGUGCCGAGGCAGUGUAUUUGUAAAUUUCACUUGUAUUGAGGUACUGAUGGCCAUAGCUAAUGAAACAGCCCUUCCGUUUCUUCUUUAUGAGCAGCU